AUGUCGCCGACACCUCCAGACCGGCUCCUGGCCCGGUCUAUAUCCCACGGUGGCAUUGCCGGUGCUGUAGUCGGGCCUGUGGUCGGUGUUUUCUUACUUCUCCUGGCAUUGCCGUUUAUCUUGCGGGCGCUUCGAAAUGCUCGCCAGGGCCCUUCCGAUGCUCCGCAUAUGGACAUGAUCGGCCCUCCGGCAGUUGAACCCGGCCCGGCAGGCCAGUCUCCGUUUGCAUACACUCAGUCCUUCCCUCCGACCGGCUCUCCCACUUACGACAACAACUCAUUCGACGAUGGCAAAGCUCCUGUAUCCUACUCUCCGUCGACGGCAGCUUCGGGGUCUGCAGCUGGGAAUUCGGCCGGAGCAGCUCCCCCACUCGGAAGCUCUGUGGCCAAUACCAACGUCCCGCCCCUUGCGGCCGAUCAGCCUUCCGUCUUUCCGACAGCACCGUAUCCUCCUCCGAACCCGUUGGACCAACGCAGCCCGACAGAGCGGUCAACGUCGUCGUCUUUGACGCAAACCCUCACGUCCUUCUUCCGCAACAACACGCAGUCUACGCAGGUUUCAGCCUCCCGCGGACCUGGCGACAUGUCACGGUCUCCGGUGGAGGAUGGCUUUGGCGGCUACAACCCCGACAACGGCCAGAUGUGGACGGGUGGUCCUUCUGGUCCCAUGAAUUUCCAGCAGAUGCCUCCCGUUGGUUACCCUCAAGCCGGCUAUCCUGGGCCCGGCUAUCCAGCUCCUGUCUAUCCGCCAGGGAACUAUUCAAAUGCACCGUAUCCCGGCUAUCCUGGGCCCGGGUAUCCAGUGGGCGGCUAUCCUGGGCCUGGAUAUCCCGGAGCUGGCUACCCGCAAGACGGAUACCCGGCAGAACAAUAUCCGGGCGCAGUUACUGGCAUGUACGGAGCCGAAGAGCAGCAUCUCACCGGCGCUUCGGCAGAAUACUACUCUGGCGCUCCGUUAUCACCACCAUCGGACGCCGGCUCCGUGGCCGAGCGAGCGCGCGAUAGCCCACCUCCGUCGGACCAUGCGCUCUCCAGUCUCAUCUCCUUGUCAGCAGCUGCAGCGGCGGCGGCCUUGGUGCCAUCUGGUUUAAAAGAUCCGAAGCUGCAGGCUAUCCGCACCGACAGCAGGCCUUCCGGAGCCGACUUUUCGCCACUGAGUCCGACAUCACCUCCCGAGGUAAGCGAUACCGCCGACACGUCCCAGAGUCCUGCAAUUGGGGCUGGGGCUGGGGAAGGCGAGAGGGAAAAGACAGUGGCUCGUUCCUCCCCACCUCCCCAGGCUUCCAAGGCAGCGCUCACGCCUGAGCCAAUGCCAGAGUACACGCCUCUCUCGCCCUUUAAUCGACCGCUAGUUCCAAGUCCUCGGCUUCCGGCGCCGGGCACAGUCAACCCUCGGGAUGUUUGGGCUCCGGCUACGGAAGACGAGCGCUUUGUUCAUGUGACCGCCGAACUCGACCGCUACGAGCAAUCGCCUCCGCCGCUGGUUCUGUCCGCCGAAGAGAGCGCCGCAAGUUACGCGGCCGCCGAACAGCAGGCGCUUUCUCCGCAGCUGACGGUGACUCCUCCGGAUGCGAAGGUCAGCAGUCCUGCAGACGGUGUUUCCGAAUAUGAGGACGAAGUAGAGCAAGAAGAGGUUGAAAACAUCAAGAUGGAGGCACAGUACGAUGAUGGGAACGGCGGGUUUAGCAUGGCAAACUUGGAGGCGCAUACGGCCAGCCAGGGCAACUACCUGAAUGCCGGUGUACUGUCGCCGGGCGAGGUCAAGACGGACCCGUUUUACAUGGCCCAACAGGCCAACGAUGCCGUCUCGCUUGGUCCAGAUGGUAGCCAUUUGAUGGCAGCCGGUUCAUACAUGCCGACGACGUCUGCCCCUCUGCAACACACGCCGUCCGGCAUGGUCCUCAAUAUGCAGGCAACGAUGGCAACGAUGGCAUCCAGCUCUACGUCGCCUGGAGAGUCCUAUCUCUAUACACAUUUUAGCACACCGCUGGCCGUAGUGCAAGCUGACUUCAACUCGACAUCGCCAUUAUCUAAUUCGGGCUCAACACCUGGACAGGUUUCCGCGUCCCCGCACGCGUUCAAAUGCGAAGAAUGUGGUCGUAUGUUUGACCAGGUCCACAAGCUGAAUCAUCAUAAGCGGUACCACGAGCGGCCACACGAGUGCGUUGUUACCGGCUGUGGCAAGCGAUUUGGCACCAAGACGCAUCUGGACCGGCACAUCAACGACAAGCACAGCAAGAGCCGAAAGUAUCACUGCACGGAAGAAGGCUGCCCAUACUCGGUGCCUGGCGGCAAGUCGUUUCCGCGCAAAGACAACUGGCGGCGACACAUGGUCAACAAGCACAGCGUGCAGCCAGAUCACGAUCCGAUUGAGGUGGUGGACCAACCUAUGAUGGGCGUCUAA